GGAGCCCAAUGCCAAAGGGCCCAAAGAUGGGUUACCAGCUACACCGGCGCGGGGACACAGUGCGCAGCCGAGCUAACUGAUUCCGCACCAGUCAGUGCUUCAAAACAAAACUUUAGAACCAGAAUUCAAGGUCCAUUGUUCGAUCUUAAAAUCAAUCGUCGAAGGGUUUUAUUUGCUUGCUGCUGAAGAUCUUAGAUUUCCUCUAUCCUCCAUUUCCAGAAUGUUCAAGAAGUUUUCCACCGAAGAGGUGUCUGCACAAAACCAAGUUAAGGCAUCCGUCCAGCGCAAAAUUCGGCAAAGUAUUGCAGAUGAGUACCCUGGGCUCGAACAAGUGUUGGAAGAUUUGAUUCCUAAGAAGUCUCCUCUAAUUGUGGCUAAAUGUCAGAACCAUCUCAAUUUGGUUGUGGUAAACAACGUGCCACUAUUUUUCAACAUUCGUGAUGGACCAUAUAUGCCUACCCUAAGACUCCUUCAUCAGUAUCCAGAUGUUAUGAAAAAGUUGCAAGUAGAUAGGGGUGCCAUAAGGUUUGUUCUCUCUGGUGCAAACAUAAUGUGUCCAGGUCUAACUUCUCCCGGUGGUGCUUUGGACGACGAAGUGGGAGCAGAAACUCCUGUGGCGAUAAUGGCAGAAGGGAAGCAACAUGCUCUCGCUAUUGGCUUCACAAAGAUGUCAGCAAAAGAAAUAAGAGAUAUCAACAAGGGAAUUGGAGUUGACAACAUGCAUUAUCUUAAUGACGGUCUUUGGAAGAUGGAACAUCUAGAUUGAGGAUAUUGAAGACUAACCGUGGUGUCAUCAAGAGGACAUGAAGAAAUUUAUGUUACGGUUUCAUCGAUGUGGUGUUGAAUCUUCUGUCGCGUUCGGCUGUUAGAUCGGAGCUUAAAGAGUUGUUUGUGUACCCUAUUCGAAAUUACUUAGUUUUGUAUUUGUAUGUGGAACCUUUAUCGAAUAUUUCACCCCUUAAUCAAAUUGAUUGUAAGAUGGUCAUAUCCAUUAUGUCAUACCAUUCAGAGGUA